AUGACUGACAGACUUGUAAUUUGUAUUGAUAAAUUAAAUAAUAAAUUGAAGGAUUUAUUAGAAGAAAAUAAGAGGCUUAAACAACAACAUGAAAAUCUUCAAGAAGAAAACAGAGAAACCUUGCAUAUUAAUUCUGAACAAAAAGAAAUGCUUCAAGAAAGAGAUAAGCAAUUUGAAAAGCUAAAUGAAAAUUCAAUUUUUAAAGAAUAUAAUAAAUCAUUCAUAAUUGAAAGUAGUGAACAAAAAUAUAAUACUAACAAAGAAGCGUUUAAGAUUCCUUUAAGUGAUAUUGAAAAUUCCUCUGAAAAUUCGUGGAACUUAUAUAAUAAAGAUAAUAUACGCAUCAUGGUUGGGUUGGAAUUUGGAACAAAAUACUCUAGUUUUUCUUAUUGCCAUGUUAAAUCCAAAACUUUAGCUAAAACGUCAUCUCGUAAAUCUGGAAUUGGUGAGUUCAAACCGUUCCUUCCAGUUGAUUAUAAGAAGGCUAUUACUGAUUAUCUUGGAGAAAUAGGAAAGAAUCAUAUAAUUUUCUUCGAAAAUGUAUUACUGAUUAUUUCGUGUCCUGCUAAAUAUUCGGAUAAAACAAAAGUGAUUAUGAGAGAAUGUGCCUUUAAUGCUGGGUUGAUUAAUGAUAAUAAUUCAAUAACAUUACAAUUUAUUUCAGGAGCUGAAGCUUCAGCAUUAUUUUGCAUUAAUAGAGAGCAUGAUCUUUAA